GCUGAACUGACUGGAAAGAUGCAGGGCGCUCUCGACUACGCUAAUGCCUUGUCCCCCAAGUCCCUCAUAAGAUCUGUUACUAACGUAGGGACAUCACUGACACGAAGAGUGUUAUUUCCGCCCCUUCCAGAGCCUCCACAGCGACCCUUCCGAGUCUCCAACUAUGAUCGCAGCAGCAAGAAGGGGAUUAUGGCAGGCACUUUAAAGGAGCUUAUUGAGAAGGCCAGUGAACCUCUCUUUAUACACUCUGACCUGGCAACUCUUGUGCUGGAGGAGGAUGGCACAGUAGUGGACACAGAGGAAUUCUUUCAGUCAUUGGAGGAUAACACGCCGUUUUUGCUGCUAGAGGCAAAACAGAAGUGGACACAAGAAAGAAACGCUAAACGUGUAGCCCAGCAAGAGAAGAAGACUGGAAUAGCAAACCUGAUGUUUGAUUUGUACAAACUGAACCCAAAGGAUUUUGGUGGCUGUCUUAACAUUAAAGCAACUUUUUAUGAGAUCUAUUCCGUAUCCUGGGACAUUCAGUUUCUUGGCGCUAAAAAGAUGUUGAGGCAAUUAAUACGUGGCCUUUCCUAUCUGGCCCAGGUUACCGGCCAUUUGCUUCUGCACGGCGGCUCUUUUGUAAUGCAGUGGACCGAGAGCUCCGAUGAAGAGAAUCCAACUCCAAGGUCACAUCGCUUCUAGCACCACAGCAGAACCUUCUUGUACGUGGCUCCAUUUCACCAGGAUGAAUCACACUUGUGACAAAUUCCGGCCAAUGGAAGUGAUCUAUUCCAUGUUUUCCAUAUGAACCGAUGCAUCAGUCGAUGUUUACCAAAUGUACUCAUUUUCACGUUUUGUAUCUCUGUAUAAAUAUAACUUUUUAAUUUUGAUUUUUGAGCUAAUCUUUGUAUAUUGUAGUGCCUGAUCUAAACAGGUAAAACUAAUUUAUAAAAACCCUCUUGUCUAAGCAAGUCAUUGGCUCGAUCUAACUGUGACAAGAGAGAGUCUUUAUUCAGGGACCUAAAGGAACUCAAAGUAUUAUUUGCUUUGCAAAAACUUGUAAAGAAGAAGUUGUUUACUGAAAGGAUGUACACCUCCAUAACUUAUUGUGUCAGCUGUUUACAGAACUCAACGGUACAAAGAAGAGCCUUCUCUAUUUAGUUUUUAAAAGGGAAUGUAUUGACUAGAUGGUGUGCUGCUAGAAACCUUUAGUUGCUGCUACGUGGCAUAAUAUAUUUAUUCAACAAAAUUGUCUGUACAAUGGAAUUUUAGAGAUGUUUUUCUUUUAAAUAAAAAGCUCCACUCCAAAAGUGCAUACAAAAACUAUAUAUAUAUAUAUAUAUAUAUAUAUAUAUAUAAUAUAUAUAUAUGUCUGUUCCAUCACUUGGAGUGUAUGAUCAUUGCUAAUUUGCCUCUACUACCAUGGGAAAAUCUUUUUCCAUUAUCACAGACUUCAUAUCUCAUGUGGCUGUUGGUUUCUGCCAUCCCAGGAUCUGUCUGAUGUAUUGACCUCUUCUCAUCCAAUAGAACAUGCUACUUGAUCAUCUCAUAUUGUGCUUUAUUGCAAAGCUAACUUUUAACUUUCUCUUUUUUAAGUCCUUGUUUACAUUUUAAUGGCAAUAUAUAUAUAUGUGUGCCUAUUUUGUUAGGUAUAAGAUGUAAAGGUUUAUGAAAAUGCAUGAUUUGAUAUGGGAACAUUUCCAAUAAACCCACAAUUUUCCUAUUG